AUGGCAGCGGCGAAAGGCAGCGAACGAGUGGCCGCGAGUGUUUUGUGGGUGCGGCUGCUGGCGCUAAGUGCGCAGCAGCACCUCCAGCUCGCGCUCAGAAAUCAUCGUGUGCGCUCGCCAGCAGCGCGGUGGAGCUCAGACGGUCGCUCUGUUUCCGGAAUCGACCGCCUUCCCCAGUCCGCCAAGCGCAACAGCGAAUGGCGCGCUAUCCUCCGUACACCGCUGACUGUUUUCGCGCCGCCGACCUCCACCUCCACCACCUUCAGCUGCCGGCAGCAUCACCCUCGCUCGCUUCGCCCCUCGUCGAUUCCCAAUCCUGCCCCCGUCGCGCAGGUCGCGCGCCCCAACCCACAUGGCCGGACGUCCGCUGAGCGGUCCGCUGAUGGACCUGGAGAAGGAGCUGUCAUGCUCGAUCUGUACCGACGUGCUCUACCAACCGCUAACGCUGCUCGACUGCCUGCACACCUUCUGCGGCGCCUGCUUGAAAGAAUGGUUCUCAUGGCAGGCCCAGAGCGCCACGAACGCCCACCCCCCAAUGCUACCGUCACCACCCUCCUCGAAAUGUUUCUGCACGCGAAUCCGAGCCGCGGCAAGACCGAUCAGGAGAAGGAGGAGAUGCGCAAGAUAUACAAAUCCGGCGACAACGUACUGCCGAAGCUGCGCAGGAGACGUCGUGACGACUCGGACGACGAGGACCGCCGCAUGCUCGAGGAGGUACGCCUGCUUAGUCUGCAGGAGGUUGGUGUGAGCAGUAGUGGGAGCGACACCAUCAGCCCGCCUGCUGAAGGCCGCCGGCGGAACCGCAGCCGUGACCGGGAGGAGAGGCGCCGGCGAGCCCGAGAUGCCUCCGCGUCCAGGAGCGCUCAGCAAGAGGCUGUGAGGAACCGCGAUACGUCCCCGAGGCCGCGUCGCGUGAUCGAGCAUCAGGCCAGCCUACGGUCACUUUUGAGCACAUCCGACUUUGAUUCGCAAGAGAUGGAGGAGGAGAUCAUGCGUCAAAUCAGGGAAGAUGGUCUGCUGGACGGCAUUGACCUGGAGAACAUUGAUACUUCUCAAGAAGAGGAAAUCACGGAGAGGAUUGCGGCUGCGUUCCGCCGUCGCCAAAGGGAGCGAGAAAGAGCCAGGUUUAGAGCGAGGCAUCAUGAACGAUCACGCAGCGGAAGUCACUCGGCAACACGCCAGGUGGAUGGAGAUCGGCCCCCCAGGAGACCGCGCCCACGAGCGGAGAGCGCUAGUCAGGAAGCGGUCCAACAAAUAGCACCUCUUCAACCGCAAACUCAACCUCAGUCUCAAGCCGAUUCACGUUCCCGGCCACCUGUCUCUCGACCCCAUCUGUUCGAGGCGGUCAAUGGAGGAUCCCGAGAAGGAUCGCGCACUCGAUCCUCGAGCCAGGAUAGCAAUCGGACCGCGCGCCGCCACCACAAUCCAAGAGGUCUGUCAAUCGACUCAACCAGGCCUACAGCCCGGUCUGCGACAGAUCUCACGAACCGACCGCAAACAACACAGGAAGGGAACGCGGUAGACAGGCAGCGGCCAAGUCAGAACGACCGAAGGGUGACCGAUCCAGAGCGUGUUGUCCGUGCUUCGGAUGCUAUGCUAAGCAGGCAGCAAGCAAAUCACUCUGCUGAAAAUUCUCCUCGCCGAGCUGUUUUCACUUCAGAGAUGUUCCACAGUCCGCCGCUGAACACACCAGCGGCCGCUGCUGAAGCUCACGCAAAUUUGCGUCAGUUUCCUGGGAUAAAUUCGCGGAUGGCGGUUGCAAACACUCCAGUGCUCGCCCCCAUGCGACGCCACAAUAGCUCAGACUCUGGAAAUUUGAAUGCAAGACCUUCUUCGUCCGGCAACUCUGGUCCACGGCCCACCAUAUCGAGUACUCACUGCACUACAACUGCCGAAAGUGCAAUGAUGGCAACUAUAAUCUUUGCUUGCGGUGCUAUCGUUCGGGCGUGGGCUGUAAGCACUGGUUUGGCUUUCCCUCUAGGGCAUGGGAGAGAUAUGAACGUAAAGCUCCUCCAGGCGGCUAUCCUCCCGGCUAUGACCAUCCUCACUUCCUCACAGGGCGCUGUUACAGUAAGCCACGGAAAGAUCCCCGCCGCCAAUCCGGUGUUUUCUGCGACAUCUGCCUUGCGUUUUCCAAUGGCUGCUAUUGGAAGUGCGACAUUUGCAACGAAGGAGCUUGGGGCUUCUGCAAUGACUGCUCUCGUUGGAUCUGGACAGAUUGCGCCCGAGGACGGGCAGAACGGCUGGCGUCGCUGCCCACACAAGCACCGCAUGGUGGUCAUCGGCUUCGAAGACCGAGACGCCGGCCAGCGACGCGUGGUUACGAAAGAUCUGGUAGGCGGCUUAGCCAUGAAGGACAACGCACUGCUCAAGAACGCGCCCACGGCCGCCGCAAACACCACCCCUGCCGACACGCCCGGCACCCCAACAGCUCCAGCUCCUGCCAUCGCUCCUCCCCCGCCCGAUCCCGCGGCGGCCGGCGCGACGAGUCCGGUCGACGCACCGCAUGCUUGGAGAUGGAGGGACACGGACGGCACCAUCAGGAAAGCGAGGAUGCGGGCCGGCCUUUUCCGAUCGAACUCGUCGUCAUCCGCUUCUUCGAUACAGAGGGACGGUGGCAAUUCCAAAUCCGCUGCCCCUACCGCCAUCACCUCCGCCGCCAACAGCAACAACAACGCUACCAGCAACGACGCCGCCUCCAACGCGAACGCUACAAGCAACCCCAACGGCAGCACCGCCAACAACAGCAACAACAACAACAGCAACAGCAACAACGACAACGGCGGCAACGCCAACGCCAACACCAGCAACCCCACAACCACCAACAACAACACCACCAACACCACCACCAGCGCCACCGCCACCACCGCCGGUCAGAUCGUCCUCAAAAAGCAGUUCCCGCCCGACGGCGGCCUCGGCCUGCGCGCGCUCGCGCUGUGGAGCUACUGGCCGCAGGACGGCGUCCACGACGAGCUGACGUUCCCCAAGGGCGCCGAGAUCCGCGAGGCCGAGGACAUCAACGGCGACUGGUACUGGGGCUGCUACUGCGGCCGGAAGGGGCUGUUUCCGGGUAAUUAUGUGAGGGGGUUGUGA